AUGGGGGUUGAUGUGAUUGCAUCCAAUGCCGUGAUCAGCGCGUGCUUUCAGUGGACACUUUCGCUGUCCUUCAUGGUCUCGUUGUGUGCCUUGCGCGCAGCCAGCGCCAGUACAGUAAACAUGUCUGUGGCUUCCCUGCUGGGUCGCUGGCAGUGGGCCUUGCAGAUCAUCAGGCGGGCCAAGAUAAAGGAUAGCUUCACGCAGGGCACACUCAUGAGCAGCCUGGAACGCUCAGCUUGCUGGAGUAGGGCCAUGAAGCACAUUGACCGGGCAAAGAGUCAGGGAGAAGCCCUUGAGACCGUCACCUUGAACAGCGCUUUGAGUGCCAUCAGUGCUGGCGAUGAUCUGGACCGCUGGAGGGUGGCAACUGGGCUCCUGGAAUCCUUCGCCACCCAAGCCGAGAUUUUGACCUGGAAUGCAUGCCUUUGCGCCUGUAGCAGGUGCGCCCAGUGGCUUGCUGCUCUCGGCUUCUUCCUGCAGCUCCAACAGCGCUCAUUGGAAGCAUCGCGCGUGACCGAGGUCACCGUGCUUGAGGCAUGUUCUUCAAGGGCUCCCUGGCCGCACUGCAUCGCCUUGACCGGUGCCGGUCCCACCGCCGCGCUGAACGCCGCCGCGGCGCGCGUGAGCCGCGCAGCGGCGGCGUCCGCGGCGCAGCUGGGGCUGCUAGGCCGGCUGAGGCAUAGCCUGUUGAAAGACUUGGACAAGGAGCAGCCGUGA